CACAGAUCUGCAGAGGUGAUGUAAGGGUGUUGCUUGGCAGCUGGAGACAGCAAAAGAGAAGUUCUAUCCUGGGAACCUCUGAGCCUACAGAAACCUCUAAGGCAGAAACAGGCUGUGAUCUCCAUCCUGCUGGGGCUCCAAGUGAUAAAACCCCAGUGGGAUAGUGCUUCUGGGACUGGCUGCUACCCUUCUGCUUUGGGACCAGCCUGGAAAUCUGUAUUCAGCUGCAUUCAGCAUGAAUCUUUGGCUCCAACUUCUUCCUUUUGUGGUCACUGCUGCCUUUUGCAAUGUUACCCUUGCAGAGAUCUUUGCUUACGUGGCUUAUAAUGACAGCUCCAAGUGCGUUGCUUAUAAAGCCCUCCCUGCAUGCUUUGGGCCACGACUCCCAGCAGAAGGGCUGACAGGGCAUUUGGUAAGAGUGAUACCACCAAAUGCCUGUCAUGCAAUAGAGAAUCCUCCAGCAUCAAGGCAGGCCUCCGAGACACAUAUUGCACUCAUAGGGGGGUAUGGCUGCUCUUUCAAUGCCCAGCAGGCUGGAUACCAAACUGCUGUUGUGUACAACGUGGAUACAGAGGAAAUGGCUACCAUGAUGGCUGAUGACCAAGGAAUCCAGGAGCUGACUGAGAUACCAUCACUCUCUACUGGACAACCAGUGUCCCUCCACUUGCAAAGGGCUCUGCAGUGUGUAAAAGGGGCAUACGUCAGACUUCUACCACCCAGACUCUAUUUGAGUGCUUGUCAAGAAAACGCCAAAAUGCUGGAGAAAACUCUCACCAUGAAGGAUUGCAGAGACCUAUUCUACAUCACUCUUGCCAAUGCCUUAAUUAUAGUUGGCUUCAUCUGGUACAAGAGGGCUCACGGGACAAAGCUGCACACAUACAAGAAGGGAGACAAACAUGAGACCCGUGUGAUCUGCAUGGCAGAGUACAGAGAAGGGGACCACCUGAAGAUCCUGUCCUGCUCUCAUGCUUACCAUAGUGUCUGCAUUGACACUUGGUUCCACACCCUCUCUGGGAAGAAGACAUGUUCCUUCUGCAAGCAACUAGUGAAUACCUGUGGGCAAGGUGACCUCCUGCCUGAGCAGGCUGGUGAAGAUGUCAAUGAAGAGGAAAGGGACCAUGAAGAUGAUGCAUUCAAUGAAGAGGAAUGGGACCAUGAGGAUGAAUAUGCUGAAAAGGAGAAAGACGAUGCAAGCUCAGUGGAAGGGGAAAGGUUUGAUGUACCGGAGAACAGCAUCACUUGAGCUGUGACAGGGAUAAGUUAUCAUUAAACCAAAGGAAAGCUC